GAACCAGGAAGUGAGUUUGUACCGCGAAAUAUCAACAUUUUACUCCUCGAAAAGGUCACUUAUUUUCACUACUCCACGUCAAAACACGGCCAGUGCUUUGUGUUUUAAGUAUGCGGGACAAAAUAUUUUUAAAUUAGUUUGCAAAAAUGCAGAAAAGUAAAGCGUCAGCGAGUGUAGAAGUGAAACAGGUCAUUUUAACGCUGUGUAAAGUGCUGUCUGCGGCUGGACUCGGCUCUGUCCCCGCUCCUGAGACCUUUAGAAGAGCCAAGUUUGGCGGUGGACCCGAUGUGGAAGAACACCUUUGGGAGCUUCUGGCCAAUAUCCUCGAAAAAACAGAUCCUGUUUCACUCGCAGUGAGCCAAAGACAUCCAAAGACAGAGCGUUGGAAGCUGGUGGCUGCAGGGCUGUGGCAGACUGGGUACUAUGCAGACUGGAUGUACAGAGAGCCCAGAGGAGGAGAGGGGUGUGUGGGCGCGUUCUCCAGCAGAGACCUCCUCCUUGCUCUGGGCUGGAUCAUUGCCAAAGGGGCCCUGGAGAAACUCCUGUCACAGAGAGUGGAAGACCUCGACACAACUCUGCUCACAUCCACACCUGUGAACACGGAGAGCCCUAAAAUUUCCAGUGAGCUCCAGUUGGAUUCAAACUCUCUGCGGAGGCUUCAGUGGUCUUUGGGUUCACUCAGACACCAGGGCCGGAUACUACUGUCUAUGCAGGAGGAGCGGGCAAGUCUUCUGCAUAAGGUUUUGAAUAUGGACCUUCCUUCACAUGUAGAGGCUGCGUCCUCUGAUGAAGGAUCUGCAUUAAUAAAAAAGGACUGUGCCUGUCUGCAGGAGCUGUGUGAUCUGAUGGAGGCCUAUUUAAAGUGGAAACAAGUAGAGAGUGUUUUCUGGACUUGGAUGGACAGCGUGGUGGACGGUCAUCAGACAGAUCUUGACACCAGAGAACCAGUCCAAGCACCUGAGAAGGGUUCAGUUUGUCUCCAUGGAAACCGAGGCUUAGAAAAAUUAGAGGAGAUCCUUCAGAGACUUUCUCAAACACAGGCCAGACCAAACAGGGUGGAUACCAAGCACCAUGUACCUGAUGGAGCAGAGGGUGGAUGUGACUCCUCUCUCCUCCUUCGACCUGACCCUUCUCUGCCCCUCGUUUACAGACCUAAACUCCUUAAACCUGGGACUAAACCUGGUCUUGUUUCCCCUCUGGAGGUCUCUGCUGUGGAGGUCUCAGAGCUGCUCACACAGAGAGAGAAGGAGCUGCUAAUGGAGAGAGACACACGGAGGAGAGAAAACAGGGUGAAGCUGGAGGAGCUGGUGGAGGAGCUGGAGGCACUGGUGCUCAUCCCACCUUAAAGAAGACACAUUACACUUUUCUUUAGUAUUUAAUAAUAAACUAUAACUUAAACAGAUA